UCACAUUCCUCUACAAAUACCCCGUCUGACCCUGCUACCACUGCACAACGCAUCCAGCAGCAUCCAGCAGCAUCCGACUCCCCGACGCCAGGAGGACAACUGCAGAGAACGUUUCAGCUGAUUGACAGAAGACACACAACAACAACAACAAAGAUGGGAUCUGUUGGGGUUCAGAUUGUCUGUGUGGCCCUCGGGGUGCUCGGACUGAUUGGAGUGAUCGUGUGCUGUGCCAUCCCACGUUGGAAAGUGUCGGCCUUCACCGGAAGCCAAAUCAUAACGGCACAGAGCAGCCAGGAGGGCCUGUGGAUGUCAUGUGCGGUGCAAAGCACUGGCCAGCAGCAGUGCAAGAAGUAUGAUUCCCUGCUGGAGCUGCCCACCAACCUGCAGGCAUCCCGCGCCAUGACCAUCAUCAGCUGCAUCCUGAGUGGCUUCAGCCUCCUCAUCCUCUUCUGUGGGGCCGACUUCACCACCUGCGUGGAGAAUGAAGAUGCCAAGCCCAAAAUGAGCCUGGUGGCCGGCGUGGGUCUGAUUCUGGCCGGCCUCCUGGUCAUCAUCCCUGUCAGCUGGACCGCCAACAACAUAGUGCAAGAGUUCAACAAUCCGUUAGUAUCCGCCCCGAUGAAGAAGGAACUAGGGGCGUGUAUCUAUGUGGGCUGGGCGGCCGGCGUGGUGCUCAUUCUGGCUGGAGGUCUGCUGUGUUGUUUCAGCCGGCCCAAAUCUGGCAGCUCUGGCGGAACCGCCAAGUACUACAGUAGCGGUGCGUCUGCACAGGGCAAAAACUAUGUGUAGGAAGAGCAUGCGGCGAGCAACAAAGGUGAUGACAUCGGAGUCACUUUGGGUAAAACGGGGGAGAGAGUGUACAUACUGAUGAAUGAGAACCUUCAAAUUUUUUUCUAUUUUAGUUUUAACAUUUCAUUAUUAUAAAGUUGGUGGCAUUUAUAAUUUAGCAUUUCUGACAUAUUAUUAUGAACCAAAAGUAAUAAGCUGUGCAUACCAUGCAGGAAACGUAAAUGGGUUAGUCGAUAGUUUGUCACAUUUGAACGUCAAAAGCCGUUGACUGAAAUGGGACUUCGUCAAAAUGACACGGGGACGGCAAAAAAUUUUUACCCUACGGAACUCCAAUAACUUCCCUAAACCAAACUCUUUAUGUAUAUCUUCAAAACUACACGUAAACAUUACAUGUUGAGAGCUGUGUCCAAAUCUUGUCCGUGAAGGGCCAAAAGUUAAUUAAAUAUGUACAAUCACAUUACAAUUAAAUAUGUUGUAUUGUAUAAUUACAAAAAUGGGAAACGUAGCUUAAAUAUGCACAUGAUCAUGUGUCCAAAAAAAACAAACAAAAAAAAACCCCAAUGUAAUUAUCAUAUGUAUCUCAAUUAGAUACAG